CCUUCUUCCUACUUCUGAUAGGUUCUCUGUUUCUCUCUCUUUCUCUCUCUCUUCAUUUCUCUUUCUUCGAGGCAACAAUGGCGACUGGAAUCCUGAGGAGGGCAAUAUCUAGGGUUUCUGCAACUCCACCUUCAAGAUUCCUUCGAAUUCGAGCUCACGCUUCCGAAGCCGGAGCUCAGAAAGUGGAGCAAAAAGCAGCCGUCUCUUCAACGCUCAAGACGUUCGCUAUCUACCGAUGGAACCCCGACAGCCCUUCCAAACCAGAGCUUAAGGAGUACAAGAUCGAUCUAAAAGACUGCGGUCCUAUGGUGCUUGAUGCUCUAAUCAAAAUCAAGAAUGAGAUCGAUCCGACUCUGACCUUCCGCCGCUCGUGCCGAGAGGGGAUCUGCGGGUCCUGUGCGAUGAACAUCGAUGGAUGUAAUGGUUUGGCUUGCUUGACGAAGAUUCCAUCCGAUGCUUCCUCGACGAUUACGCCGCUGCCUCAUAUGUUCGUGAUCAAGGAUCUGGUGGUGGAUAUGACGAAUUUUUAUAACCAGUAUAAGAGUAUUGAGCCGUGGUUGAAGAGGAAGAGCGAGCCGUCUGUGCCGGGGAAGGAGAUUCUUCAGAGUAAGCAAGAUAGGGCUAAGUUGGAUGGGAUGUAUGAAUGUAUUUUGUGUGCAUGUUGUAGUACAUCGUGCCCCAGCUAUUGGUGGAACCCGGAGUCAUAUCUUGGACCAGCUGCUUUGCUCCAUGCCAAUAGGUGGAUAAGUGAUAGCCGUGACGAAUUCACCAAGGAGCGACUCGAGGCAAUAAACGAUGAAUUCAAGCUCUAUCGUUGUCAUACCAUACUGAACUGUGCCCGUGCCUGUCCGAAGGGUUUGAACCCUGGAAAACAGAUUCAAAAUAUCAAACGCCUUCAGCUCGUGGGCUGAGCCGAAGUUUCGAGGUACACGAAACACAAUAAUGUUCUUUUCAUUCAGUUAUGGAAUAUCUUGUGAGAACUCAUGAGCAAUGUGAUUUUGAUCGAAUAACUUGUGGAUCAUUGACUUUCCACACAUUCUGUACUUAAGAUUUGAUCUUUAGAGAUCUUUAGUAUUUAUCCGUCUCCAAAUAAAUGUUAGACAGAAACCUCCUGGCU